AUGAUAUUAGCGCUGAGCAGAAGAGUGGACGCUUUUGUAAAAUUCCGCUUUAUACACUUUUUUUAGCAUUCAGAAAGAAAAUCACUCUUUGGAACGAGCAUCUGGCCAUCCUUAUCCAGCCUGUGUGAUGAACAGCCGAGGGUCUGAAAAGCAAAAGGAUGAUGCCAUUGUGGAGCAUAUUUACUGCAGAGGCACUGCCACUGAGCUGCUUAAAUACGGAACCAGGGAUUUACAUGUAGCUCGCAAAACCUCGAACUCACCUCGACUUCUCUUCCUCAUCAUCCCGGGUAACCCUGGCAUGGUGGGAUUUUAUAAGACCUUUAUGUGGACGCUAUAUCAGGCCUAUAACCAAAGACACCCAGUGUGGGCCGUAAGUCAUGCUGGACACUGCGCCCCUCCGGAGACGAUGGAUCUGGUCGAAGAUGCGUCAGUGACCGAAUCAGAUGUUUUUGGACUGAACGGGCAGAUAGAGCACAAGCUGGCCUUCCUCUUGGAGCAUGUGCCUCGAGACACACACCUGGUCCUGAUUGGACACUCGAUCGGCUGCUACAUCAUCCUGGAAAUGAUGAAGAGAGACCCAGAACUAAAGGUGUUGAAGUCAAUCUUGCUCUUCCCCACUAUUGAGCGCAUGGCCUGUACUCUUCAGGGCAAGGUCAUGACCCCUGUGCUGUGCCACCUCCGGUAUGCCGCCUACCUGCCCAUCUUCCUGCUCUCUCUGCUGCCGGCCAGGCUGAAGGCAUGCAUGGUGCAGCUGGUGCUGAGGAACAUACAGUCGCUGGACGUGACCACCGUCCCAGCCACCGUCAGCCUGAUCAAUGUGGACUGCGCGGCAAACGCUAUGUACAUGGGAGGUCAAGAAAUGCGGUUGGUGCUAGAUCGAGAUAACUCAACCAUACGGCAACAUCUAGACAAGCUCAUUUUUUACUACGGAGCCACGGACCACUGGUGUCCGGUGCAAUACUAUCAGGAUAUUCGCAGAGACUUUCCAGACGGGGACAUUCGUCUGUGUGAGAGAGGUCUGCGCCAUGCGUUUGUCCUGGAUGCGGGGGAAGAGAUGGCCGACAUGAUCACAGACUGGAUCCAGAGAGACCUUAAGGGAUUAUAGCACUGCUUAUAUCAAUACAGACUACAAUGUAUACUGAUGUGUACUGGUCCUGUAUUCAUUCCAUAACAACUUACCAGGACUUUUCAAAGAUCUUCAGUGUGGUGCUGAAACUUAUCACAUGUCACUGAAUGCUUAAAAUGCACUCAGUUUUAUGCUGAUAUAUUGUUAAAUAUACAGGGGUUGGACAAUGAAACUGAAACACCUGGUUUUAGACCACAAUAAUUUAUUAGUAUGGUGUAGGGCCUCCUUUUGCGGCCAAUACAGCGUCAAUUCGUCUUGGAAAUGACAUAUACAAGUCCUGCACAGUGGUCAGAGGGAUUUUAAGCCAUUCUUCUUGCAGGAUAGUGGCCAGGUCACUACGUGAUGCUGGUGGAGGAAAACGUUUCCUGACUCGCUUCUCCAAAACACCCCAAAGUGGCUCAAUAAUAUUUAGAUCUGGUGACUGUGCAGGCCAUGGGAGAUGUUCAACUUCACUUUCAUGUUCAUCAAACCAAUCUUUCACCAGUCUUGCUGUGUGUAUUGGUGCAUUGUCAUCCUGAUACACGGCACCGCCUUCAGGAUACAAUGUUUGAACCAUUGGAUGCACAUCGUCCUCCAGAAUGGUUCGGUAGUCCUUGGCAGUGACGCGCCCAUCUAGCACAAGUAUUGGGCCAAGGGAAUGCCAUGAUAUGGCAGCCCAAACCAUCACUGAUCC